GGACACCGCUGUCACCAAUCCCCAUCCAUUUACCCACGAGCCAUUCAGCCAUUCACCGCUGCUCUCUGUGUGCCAUCUCCAUCCAUCUUCUCAUCUCAGAUGAUGCACAGAGAGCAGAUGACAUCUGUGUUCACUUCAACUCCUCGAGUCGUUUUGCUUCUUAGCAAAACUGACAGCAAAAUGCAGCCAUUUCCCGUCGGCCGUUACUGGAGUGGAAAUCUUGUAUUUCCUGCAACUUCUGUUGUGGCAUCGUAGAACCUUUUGGGUUGGAAGGGACCUUUAAAGGUUUCCUGGUCCAAUUCUGUCCGUCUGUCGAUCCUCACCGUACAAAUUCCACCUUUCCUGGAGGCGUAAAAGCGGAGGUGCUGAGUGGGAAGGGAAAGCUUCAAGUGGGAGCAUGGAAAAGUCCGAGCGCUGAGCGGUGCAGGAAAGGAAUCUGGUGUUGGUAUGUUUUCCUCUUUCCUGUCAUUGCAGGCUUCCUCCCCAGCGUACAGCGGCUCCAACAUCUAUUCCCCGGAUUCAUCCACCAACUCUGGUCCCAUCAUCUCGGACGUGACGGAGUUGGCUCAGUCCAGCCCUUCAGCAUCUCCCAGCGGCAGCCUGGACGAGAGGAGCAGCCCCGUGGUCCGCAUCAAAGAGGAGCCCCCCAGCCCCUCCCGCAGCCCCAAGGAGAACGAGCCCAGCACCACGACCGCCGCGGCCGGCAACAGCACCGCGCAGCCUCAGCCCCAGGAAAAGUGCCUCAGCGUUGCCUGCCUCGACAA